ACCACUAAAAUAAAAGAAUUUUCCUAUACAAUCUUGCAAACUUCAAAUUAUCGAAACGCCGUGAUGUUAUUGAGACAUUUUAAUUAUUUAUUCAUGAUAAUAAUUCAUUCUGUCUCAUCAUCGUCAAGUCGAUGCUUUCUUCCAGAAAUGGAAUCCGAGCUUGAUUUAAACAAGCUGUUAGGUACAACAUGGUACGUCGGGUUACAAACAAAUGACAUCAUGGCGUCCGAGGUAAAUUGUGUAAAACUCAAUAAUUUUACGAAGACAAUGGGUGGAUUGAGUUUGAUAUCGGAAGAACAUGGUGAAGGAACAACGGUCGUCAAAUACGGAGUACAUUUUAUUCGCCAAGGUCCCGGACUUUACAGCGUUGACAGAAAACAAGACGAGGAUUCAUUAUUAGCAUCCCACAAGCUGGAAUUUCACAACGAUUACACGAAGGCAGUGAAUGAUAUGGAUGAAAAUGAAAUUUUGAGGAAAAAUACGGUUAUUUCAACUGAUUACAUUAACUAUUUCGCAUUCAUUGGAUGCCUUAGUUCUGGAAAAUGGAAUAUAUGGACUUAGGAACUUUCCAAAUUCAACUCCGUCUGUGAAUAAUGUUGUUGCUUUUUACAACAAGUUGACUGAACUUGAGAUAUCUACAACAUUUCAUCUAUCUCUUUGUCCAGAAGAAGCACGCUUCAUGAACUAAUGAAAUUAACGAAAUGUAAAUAGCGUCCCACUAUCCAGAUCAUCAACAUUGUAUGUAAGAUAUAUACUCUCACUUAUGUAAACGUGAACGUAAAUACUUCGCGUGCUAAUCAUCUAUUAGACUACUAAAAAGCAUGGUUUAGCCGGCAUCGUCGUAUCCUGGGCUAUCCUCUAUGAAAUCUGCAAAACUCGGAAUUUGGUAGAGGACUUGAUAUCUGAGUGACAAUCAAACAGAAUAGUCACAAUCAGGUUUCCCUAAGAGCGUUAUUUAAUGCAGUAUCGGGGUUUAUCUGUUUUUCUUGUAAAUAAAUGUAUUCAAAAUUGGAACAGAGCUAAAACUGAAAUAUUCUUAGUAUUGUUACAGGGGGAUUAUUCUAGAUAUGGGAAAAAUAAUAGACCCUCCCCCUCAAAAAUAAAAAAAAAUUAAUAAAGAGCGUCAUUCCAUCGUUUUUUUGCAUGGUUUAUUAAAA